GGGUUCUACAACAUUAUGAAGACAUUCCUGAUUCUGGCACUCUUUGCUCUAGCCGUUUCUGCCUUUCCCUUGGAGGAAUCGGAGCGCAUCCAUGGUGAGAACGGCUGGUACGUUCCCCAGGAGGAUGGCUCCUCCAAGUGGGUGGACAUGGAUGUAGCCGAGGAGUGGAUGGAGGCCCAGGAGCAGCUGGAGAGUCGUGGCUUGACCACCGUUCCCGUCAAGUUCUACCUGUACACCUCUUCGAACCCCACCAAGGGCACGAAGAUCACCGCCACCACCAAGUCCAUUGACGCCUCCCACUUCAACGCUGCCCAUCCCACCCGCAUUGUGAUCCACGGCUGGACCCAGAGCUACACCGCCAGCAUGAACAAGGACAUCCGCAGUGCCUGGCUCUCCAGGGGAGACUACAACGUGAUCAUCGUCGACUGGGCACGUGCUCGUUCCGUGGACUACGCCACCUCCGUCAUGGCUGUCGGCUCCACCGGCAAGAAGGUGGCCAACAUGAUCAACUUCCUGAAGAACAACCAUGGAUUGAACCUCAAUGACCUCUAUAUUAUUGGCCACAGCCUGGGCGCCCAUGUGGCUGGCUACGCUGGCAAGAACACCGAUGGCCAGGUGCACACCAUUGUGGGUCUGGACCCCGCCCUGCCCCUCUUCAGCUACAACAAGCCCAACAAGCGUCUAAACUCGGACGAUGCCUGGUAUGUGGAGUCCAUCCAGACCAACGGAGGUAACCUCGGAUUCCUGAAGCCCAUCGGCAAGGGAGCCUUCUACCCCAACGGAGGAAAGACCCAACCCGGAUGCGGACUGGACUUGACUGGUGCCUGCUCCCACGGACGCUCCACCACCUACUACGCGGAGGCCGUCUCCGAGGACAACUUCGGAACCAUCAAAUGUGGCGACUACGAGGCCGCAGUCUCCAAGGAAUGCGGAAGCACUUACAGCAGCGUCCGCAUGGGAGCCGACACCAACGCCUACAUGGUCGAUGGUGACUACUAUGUGCCCGUGAACAGCAAUGCUCCUUUCGGCAUUAUUAACUGAAAACAAUGAAAUAAACUAAGGUCAAAAUAACAA